AUGCAGCAGCACCUGAUGCCGAUGCAACCCAUGAUGGCAGCCUACUAUCCCAGCAACGUCACUACUGAUCAUAUUCAGCAGUAUCUGGAUGAAAACAAGUCGCUGAUUCUGAAGAUUGUCGAGAACCAAAACUCGGGGAAAAUGAGUGAAUGUGCAGAGAACCAGGCCAGGUUACAAAGAAACUUGAUGUAUCUAGCUGCUAUUGCUGAUUCACAACCUCAACCACCUGGCAUGCAUUCUCAGUAUCCUGGAGGUGGGAUUUUACAGCCUGGUGCACACUACAUGCAGCACCAACAAGCUCAACAAAUGACACCUCAAUCACUUAUGGCUGCUCGAUCCUCUAUGCUAUACAGUCAGCAGCAAUACUCAGCACUUCAACAACAAGCUUUGCACAGCCAACUCGGAAUGAACACGGGAGGAAGCGGUGGACUUAUGCUGCAAGGGGAGUCUCAUUGUGCUGGAGGUAGCAGUGGAUUUGGAGGUGUAGGAUUUCCAGACUUUGGCCGCAGCACCACCGGGGAGGGGCUGCAUGCCGCUGGAAGGGCAAUGGCAGGUGGAGGUAAGCAAGAAGUGGGCAGCAGUGGGCCUGCAGAAGGACGCGGUGGAAGCUCAGGUGAUGGGGGUGAGUCUCUCUACUUAAAAGAUGCCGAUGAUUGA